ACGCGGCUUCUUCAUCGGCCUACCUUUUGUUAAAGCAGUUGUUUUUCAAUAAUCAUCUUCUACUCUUCCUCAUGGAUUCUUCUCAAACCCAUGUAUUAAGAGCUCUCUUAGUCUUUCAAAGCACCGUUAAUGAAGAGUUGAUCAGGAGUUUGCAUGUGUACCGAUUGGAGGAUGGGAAGGAAAAUGAAGUUGAGAGGGAGUUUUUGUUCUCGGCCAGUGGGUCGUACACGGAAAUGGAAGCUGACCCAGCUCUCAUAUCGCUCAAGUUUCGGGUUUCCGAAGUGUUUGAAGGGCUUGUGAACGGUUUUUGGCUUUGCAUAUUUGCAUUUCAUGCCGAUCGUCCCCCUCUUUGUUCAUGCAUUCCUUCUCUACUCUCAAUCUCCAGAAAUCCCAAUCUGAAGUCAGUACCAAGAUUGGCCGGUGAUCUUGAAAUGAUUUUCCAGUUGGGCUGCAAAAUGGACGGCAAUCCAACAAAGGAAAUGUGCCAACAGAGUGAUGAUACUUACCAUCAAUCAACAAAGAGUAUGCCCGCGCUUCAUCAGGAUCUGAACUGUCUUCCUUAUCCGGUUGCCAUGUCUGAACUAUCAGAAGAUCAACAAAAGGAACACUGUUCACCAGGUAUUGCAGAGAGUAAGAAAAAGAGGGCAGCCAGUGAACACAUUGCUAGAAUUGCUUUACCCGAUCUGGCCAAGUACUUCGAUCUUCCAAUCGUGGAAGCUUCAAGAAAUUUGAAAGUCGGACUUACAGUUCUCAAGAAAAAAUGUAGAGAAUUUGGUAUUGCUCGUUGGCCGCAUAGGAAGAUCAAAUCCCUUGACAGUCUCAUUCAAGAUCUUCAGGAAGAGGCAAAACGCCAACAGCAGGAGAAUGAGGCUGCAGCCAUGGCAGUAGCAAAAAGGCAAAGGAUGCUGGAGAGUGAAAAAGAAAAUAUAGAGAGAAAACCCUUCAUAGAGUUGAAAACUGAGACCAGGAGAUUCAGGCAAGAUGUUUUCAAAAGAAGGCAUAGAGCUAGAGCUCUUAGAAAUCAUGGUCCAUCAGUCUGAAGCAAUAAGGGUAGAGACUAAUAAAGUACGGAUCAGAGAGCAAGAGCAAGAACAAACCGUAUUUAAUUUGUAAAAAAGUUGGCCUUCCAUUGGCACCGUUUUGCUUCCUAUUGUGGUCUUUCCCUAUCUUUUAUGGUUUGCCACCAUGUGUGUUUACAUGA